AUGAAUUUCAUAAUUGAUUGUGGCCUCAAUGUAUCCGGCUUAAUGAAGUUUUCGCCUCGAGACAAUUUAGGCACCCGUUCCCAUCCUAUGACUACAGAAACUGAAGCCACAAGCAACUUUUCUGAUUCUAUGAUAGUUGAUAAUGAACCAAAACGUACAAAAUUAGAUCCAUCCAUAGAUCCAGCUAAUGGAAGCACACGUCGAUCUAGAGGUCAAUUUUACGUGGAGACUCCAGUAUUUUCGAGUGUUGAUUGGAAAUCUAUAGAUUUUAUAUUGAUUACCAAUUAUAAAAAUAUGCUUGCGUUACCUUAUAUAACCGAAUAUUCUGAAUUUAGAGGAAAGGUUUACGCAACAGAACCUACAGUUAUAUUUGGAUGUCAAAUGAUGAAAGAGUUGGUUCAUUUUUUUGGCGACAGUUCGGUUCCGAGUUAUUCUCGACAACAUGUACAUACUAAAGCCGAAAAAUCGAACAUUUUUUAUGGUUUCACUGCUGAAAGUAACUUAGCUCAAUCUUUAUAUACAAUAUCAGAUGUGCAAUCAUGUGUUGAUAAGAUACAGCCUGUUCGAUAUGGUGAAAAUCUUGAUUUAUACGGAGUUAAGGUUACUGCACAUAGCGCUGGAUAUUGUUUAGGCAGUGCUAAUUGGUCGAUAAUUUGUGAUACUGAAAAGAUUGCGAUGAUAUCUUCCUCUUCCAUAAUAACUGAUAUUCACCCACUGCCAUUUAGCAAAUCUGUAUUGGAUGACGUUGAUGUCGUAAUAUUUAGUGAUUUGUGCGAAUCACAUAGUGAAGAUGACAUUAGAUUAGAAUCUAUUUUACCUAUGUUACGUGAUAUUGGAAAUUAUGCAGGGGACGUUUUAGCGAAUAAGGGAAACGUCUUAAUUCCCUGUGUUCUUAAUGGUAUAAUGUUUGACGUGUUAGAUUAUCUUGGGAGGCAUUUGAAUUCCAGAGGACUUGGCUGUGUUCCAUUUUAUGCUAUUUCUCCUAUAGCUGAAGAAUCGCUCAAGUAUUCAUUUAUCUCAGGUGAAUGGAUGUGUGAAGAAAGACAGUUACGUAUGUACAUUCCGGAGAAUCCGAUGGUUUAUAAAGAUAUGAUUGAUAGAAACCUACUCUAUUAUGCUGCUCGUGCUGAUAGUUCUCUCCAAGAAAUAUACCAAGAACCAUGUAUUGUCUUUGCGGGACAUUCUUCCCUACGGAGCGGUGCAGUAAUUAAUUUUAUUAAAAAAUGGGGAAGUAAUCCAAACAAUGCUAUAAUUUUCAUAGAAUCAGAAUUCAACUUUAAAGAAGCUAUUUCAGCAUUUGAUGGCUUGCAAAUUAAAACAAUUCAUUUUCCAAUCGAUAUUCGCCUUACAGUUGAACAAUCAGUCGAAAUGAUUAAAGAAUUGAGACCUCGGGAAGUACUGUUCCCUCACAGAGCAGUAAAAAAUGCAGAUGACAUACGAAAACAAAUGCCUUCUUCAUUGGUUACUUUGUACGAGCAUCUAGACAUUGUUAAUAUCUCCAUAAAUUCCCAAUAUAAAAGAACUUACAUGGCAGAAAAUCUUGCAUCUGAAAUAUAUACAACAAACAUUGGUGAAACAAAGGUUGCUGCAUUAUAUGCAACUCUUAAAACGUAUAACAAUCAAUCUUCCCUAAUUCCUUCUGCAAGUAGUCAAAUCUUAAAACAAACUUAUGCGAUCGGAAAUAUUAAUGUACCGAGCUUAAUAGAUAAAUUAACUGAACAGUUAUAUGGUUGCCUUAUUACGUUAGAGGAUGAUACAAAAACUGGGACUUGCACAAUUUACAUUGAUUCCCCAAAGGUUGUAAUCUCUUUGGGUGGUAACAAUAUUAAGGUUGAAACUAAAGAUAAUUAUACCAGAAAAUUGGUUUCAGAUGUUUUGAACCAGUUACUGAUAGCAUUUUGA